AUGCUCCGAGAGUCGCUAUGGGGGCCCAAGGGGCUCCCGGCGCCCGCUUCGGAGCUGAGGCACUGCCUUAGGCCCGGCCGAGUCGACCCCGCCGACUUUCUGGCCGAGGAGCAGGCUUUCCAUAGCGCAAUUACCAUGGGGGAACCCUAUGAGAUGGUGCCCGAUUCGGGUGCUGUGUUUACAUUUGGCAAAACUAAAUUUGCUGAAAAUAUUCCCAGCAAAUUCUGGUUUAAAAAGGAUAUACCUGUAUCUCUUUCAUGUGGAGAUGAACAUACUGCUAUUACUACAGGAAAUAAUAAGCUUUUCAUGUUUGGCAGUAACAACUGGGGACAGUUAGGAUUAGGAUCAAAAGCGACUGUUAACAAGCCAACAUGUAUCAAAGCUUUAAAACCGGAAAAAGUGAAAUUUGUUGCUUGCGGAAGGAAUCACACCCUAGUUUUAACAGGAGGAGGCAAAGUAUAUGCCACUGGAGGAAAUAAUGAAGGACAGCUCGGACUUGGUGAUACUGACGAAAGAAGUGCCUUCCAUCUCAUUAGUUUCUUUACAUCCCAGCAUAAGAUUAAACAACUAUCUGCUGGGUCUAACACUUCAGCUGCACUGACUGAGGAUGGUGAGCUUUUCAUGUGGGGUGACAAUUCCGAAGGGCAAAUUGGUUUACAAAAUAUAACUAAUAUAUGUGUCCCACAUCAAGUGACCGUUGGAAAACCUAUCUCCUGGAUCUCUUGCGGAUAUUACCAUUCAGCUUUUGUAACAACUGAGGGAGAACUGUACACCUUUGGAGAACCAGAGAGUGGGAAGUUAGGUCUUCCCCCAAAGCUCCUGGUCAAUCACAAAGUGCCCCAGCUGGUGCCUGGAAUUUCUGAGAAGGUGAUCCAAGUUGCUUGUGGUGGAGGACACACAGUUGUUCUUACAGAGAAAGCCGUGUACACCUUUGGGCUGGGACAGUUUGGUCAACUGGGUCUUGGCACUUUCACCUUUGAAACUUCGGAACCCAAAGUCAUUGAGAGUGUUAAGGAUAAGAAAAUAAGUCAUGUUUGCUGUGGAGAAAAUCACACAGCUUUGAUAACAGAAUCAGGCCUUUUGUAUACUUUUGGAGAUGGUCGACACGGAAAACUAGGACUCGGAAUGGAGAAUUUUGCCAAUCAGUUCCUUCCCACUUUGUGUUCUAAUUUUUUGAAGUAUAUAGUACAUUUGGUUGCUUGUGGUGGAUGUCACAUGCUAGUUUUUGCCACUCCACGACUUGGUAUGGCAGAAGACAUUGAGUCAGAUGAAAUCGAUGAUUAUUGUUUACCUUCAGCUAUAUAUGUGCCCAUCAGUGAUCCGCCUUUAGAAAACAUACUGCAGAGAUCUUUAUCAGCACGUGUGCGCCGUAGAAAGAAGGAGAAAUCCCCAGACUCUAUUCGAAUGACAGGAACACUACCUCCAGUUGAAGGGACUUCCCCACAGCCCAUUUGUUUUUCGCCUCACUUAAUUCCUUUCUCCAUGUCUGCAAGUAACCUGCUAGAGAAAACGAUAUGUGAAAAUGAGAACUCUAUGCCCCCAAUGGAACCAGAUUAUUUUCAACAUAAAAUGACCAAAGAGAAAGAUACAGACAGUCUUUCAGCAGAGGAUUCAGAAAGCCUUGGAGAAACUGCUGAUGUCUUAAAUAUGACACACAUGUUGCACCUGAAUUCCAAUGAAAAACUAAAAUUAUCGCCAAUUCAAAAGCAAAAGAAACAAGAAAUAAUUGAGAAACCGAAGCAGCAUACAACUUAUACUGAAAGUGAUGAUAGUAAUGAAUAUGAAAAUGAAGAGAUGUCCCCAAAAGUAACAGAAGGGAGAGUAUAUAAACAACUUUUGGCACAAGGAAUGUACGCGAUGCCAGCAACUAUGUCUAUGGAAGCAUUUUCAGAUGAGGACGUAGGUAAUGACUCAGACCAGCAAAGUCCUCAGACCAGCACCAGUGCAGAGGGUUUGCAAAAAGGGACCUUUAGACAUGAAAAUAAGCGUGGUGUCUAUCCACUUAAUAGUGAGGAAAUAGAAAAGGAAAGUGAUGACGGGCAAAGUCAGAAGGAUUCAAAAGCAAAAGAAAUAGUCUCUGAGUUGGAAACUGAUCUGGUGAAUAUGACAGAUCUGAAGGAUAUAAGAAAGACUGAAGAGAAUAGAAAAAAUAUUGAUAUGUUUUUUGAUGACUUACCAAAUAGAGACAUGAAUAUUGAGGAUGAAGAAGAUAAAGAUUUUGUUAAGGAAAGUAAAGGGAACAAGCAAGAUACGAUCUUUGACAGUGAACAAGCAUCUAUAGAGGAGGAAGACAGUUAUUUGGAAGGUGAAAGUGAAAGUCAGCAAAAUAUAGCUGAUGGUUUCCAGCAGCCUGAGUCAAUAGAAUUUAGCAAUGAUGAGAAAGAGGAUGAUGAAGUGGAAACUAAUCAAAAUUUGUGGUAUAGCAGAAAAUUUAUUGAACAAAGACAUGAAGAGGCUAAACACAGACUAUCCAGAAUCAUGGCAAAAUAUGAGUUUAAGUGUCAUCGCUUAUCAAGGAUCCCAGAGGAACAGGAAGAAGAUGAUUCAGAAGGAAGUGGAAUAGAGGAGCAAGAGAUAGAGGCAAAUGAGGAGGAGUGUGGAGAAAAAGAGAAAGAGGAAGCAGAGUUCCUGUUAAAUGACCUUACAGACAGAGCUAAGGAUCAUGAACUUUUCAAAAAUGAAGACCUGGUUGAGGAAACUGACAAAUAUACAGAAGGCAAGAAGAAAGAUACAGAAGACAAUAAAAGUGUUCCUAAAGACGAUCACUGUGACCCUGACAACUCUGUUAAAAAGGAUGAAAAAAUCAACCGAGAGGAACGAGCCAUUCAUGAAUACAAUGAAAAUCCAAAAGGAAAUAUGUGUGAUCGUGCAAAGAGUAGCUCUUCAGAAAUCCUGGAAGAUAGCAAAUCAACACCAACUAAAGACAUAAAAAAAUCGAAGAUUUUCCUCUUUAAAAGAAUGUCAUUGAUGAGUCAGAAAAUUGUGCAGAUUAAUAAUGAGCCACUCCCAGAGAUAAAACCAAUAGGAGACCAAAUAGCUUUUAAAAGAAAUAAGAAAGAUGCCAGCCAGAACCACAUGGGGCAAAAUCAUCAGGAAACCUCACCCCCCAAUAUGGAGAGAAGGUCAAAAUCUUGUACAAUACUCUGA